AUGUUCCCCCAGCCUGGUUGGCGCGCGCGCAGAGGAAUCCAACAGUUCGCCGCGUGUGGCGGCGACAUUAGCGGCGCCGAUGCUGGUAGCGGGAUUUCGGUGUGCCGAGGACGGGAGGGCGGAGGGGGCGAGUGGAUGCGCCGGCAGCGGGACCUGCUGGCCGGCGUGGGGAGCCGCUCUCUCGGAGCGCCACGUGGCGCGGAGUCCGCUGCUGACACGUGUGAUGCUGGCAGUGAUGCGCUGCCCCGCGCGAUAUGGCGCAGUUUGAGUGCGAGUGUGCUUAAAGCGCGUGAUGCUGCAGCGGGGAUAGCUGGUGGAUAUGCUGCUGGUAACGGGGCUGCUGGUAGCGGGGCUGCUGGUAGCACUGCCGACGGCUGUAACGGUGAGCGCAAUGCCGCGCUGCCGCUUGCCACCACGCGCGCAUGGGAAGAAUGCGCGGCAGGCGCAGCGGGGGAAGCAGUAGCGCCAGCAGCAGCGGAGGAAGCGGCAUGGAACGGGGCGGAGGGCGGUUUUUUCGAACGCCUAAAUCGGCACGGAGAGGGGGAGGGUGCGCACACGCACGGACGGGGGGAGGGGGCGGACGCGCAACUGGCGGACGGAUCUGCGGGCGGGGAGCGCGGGAAAACGGACGGGGGUGAGGCGCAGCACGGAAGGCCGGAGCGGCUGGUGUACGUGGCGCAAGCUGAGGUGGCAACUGCUGACGUGGACCUGGUAGACGUGAUAGGCACGGACGAGAUGACGACGUGCGUGGCGGUGGCGCUGCGCCAUCCGCGCACGGGGCGCACGGCGCUCGCGCACGUGGACGCGUCGCUCUGCGCCCUGCGCGCGCUCGCCGCCAUGCUCGCCUCGCUGCGCCUCGCCCCGCACGAUCCCACUCCCCUGCAGGUAUGCUUGCGUCUACCCUUUCUGCAAGCACGGCAUGGUGCAGCAGGUAUGGCAUGUGUGUGCCACACUGCAUGCGGCACGUGUCUCGCCCUGCGCGCGCUCGCCGCCAUGCUUGCCUCGCUGCGCCUCGCCCCGCAUGAUCCUACUCCACUGCAGGUACUGCACGUGGUGGGCGCGUUUGACGACGACCCGGGGCACACAGAGAGCAUUCACGCCGCGUGGGAGGAGGAGCAGGAGCGGCAGGAGCAAGAGCGCAUGCGGCAUGGGGAAUCACAAGAGCAGCAGCAGCAGCAGCAGCAGCAGCAGCAGCAGCAGCAGCAGCAGCAGCAGCAGCAGCAGCAGCAGCAGCAGGGUUACCAGGGAGGGAGCAGCAGUGGGCGGCAGUCGGGGUGCAAGCGCAGGCGAGCCGCCAGCCCUGCAGGCAGUGGCGGGGGCGACAGGAGCAUGCGCGCAGGAGCAGCAGCAGGAGCAGGAGCAGGAGCAGGAGCAGGAGCAGGAGCAGGAGCAGGAGCAGGAGCAGGAGCAGGAGCAGGAGCAGGAGCAGGAGCAGGAGCAGGAGCAGGAGCAGGAGCAGGAGCAGGAGCAGGAGCAGGAGCAGGAGCAGGAGCAGGAGCAGGAGCAGGAGCAGGAGCAGGAGCAGGAGGAGCAGGAGGCAUCAGGAGCAGCAAGUGCCGUUGGCAGCGCCUGGCCACAUGCCUCUACUACAGCCUUUCCCGCGCGGACAACUCCCCCUUCCCACCCCCUCUCCCCGCGGGCACGUCUCUCCCAGUAGCCUGCGCGCUGGUAACCGCAUUACACGCGCUCCCCCGCCCCUUCCGCCUGUGCACGCUCGCGCUGCUGCCCCUCAACACCACGUGGGACCCCUCCCGCCGCGCGCCUGUGCCCCGCACGCGCGGACUGGCGGUCCACGUGGCGUCUGGGGAGGCCUCCCCGCGCGUGUUCACCCCUGAGGAGCGCGGGCCUGAUGCUGUGCUGCGGAGCGUGCUGCUCUUCUUUGGAGAGGGGGGGGAGGAGGAGGAGGGGAAGGGGGAAGCGGAAGGGGAGGCGGGUGGGUUGUGGGGUGGGGGGAUGGGAGAAGAGGAGCGACUGGUGGUGGGGGAGGGGCGUGGGGAGGAGAAGCGAGAGGGGGAGAGGCGGGAGGGGCUGUGUGAGGAGGGCGGUAUGAGCAGCGGCGCUGCCAGCACACUCGCUCACACGCCUGAGAAAGGCCGGCCUGCUGAUGCUGCUGCGCGCACUGAUGCUGGUGGCAGUCCUGCUAGCGGUGGUGGCACUCCCGGCAGCACUGGCGCGGGCAGCACACGCGCACACAGCACUCCCUCCUCCUCCCCUCUCAUUCCCUCCUCGCUUUCCUCCUCCUCCCCUUCACCUCUCCUCUCCUCCUUCUCCCCUCUCCUUUCCUCCUCCUCGCCGUCUCCCUCUCUACCCCCGCUCGCAUCGUCCCCUGGUCUGCUCUCCACCCUCCCCCCCGCCGCGCUUGCACCGCUCUGCACCGCUCUGUGCGGCCCUCUCUGUCCCCAGGGCCGCCUCACCCGCUUCUACGACUCUCAGAUGGACCGAUUCGUGCUGCCGCCCACCAGGCUGAUAGAUGCAGCAGCGUUAGCCCACCAGCGUCUGAGCAUGACGGAUCACGAGCUUCUACACGCCAACUCCACAUCGCCACUGGCUGAGGGACCUGACUUCCUGCCCUUCAUCCGCAGCUGCUACCGGCUGUUAGCCCAGUCACCGGACACAGACACGCUCUUCCCCAACGGGGCGCCCCGGGUCUUCACGCGCGAUCCAACCUCCCAGCGCUGGCAGCGAGCCCCACCCCCCCUGCCCCCGCGCACGCCGCUCAUGCUGUACCGCGCCUACCGCUCGCGCCACCUGCACUCGCUCUCCUCGCUGCUCUGCUCCCUGCCCUGCUGGCCCUGGCUGUGA